UAUAUUUUCAAACAUGUCACCUAACAACAAUGUGAGAAAAACACAAAAUUUUGUCUUAAACUUAUCGAAUCUAAAAUGCCGGAUCCCAAUAAGAAAAUAUCCACUCCCUCUCAAGACUCACCAUGUGAAAUAAAACUAGCUUGCACUAGUGGAACUGAAGAAAAAAAGAAAACCUGUGAAAAGACUCUUGAAAUAGAAAAAGUAGAGACCCAAAAAGCUAAAGCAUAUAAAUCUGUGGAUGAUAAACAAGCAAGGUUGAAUACAAAACCGUGCCCUUCAGGAGUUGGCUGCCAACUAGCAAGACCAGAUCACACAAAAGACCCAGCAGCCAGAAUAGAUAAAACAAAGUCAGGAUGUAUUGACUUUGAAUCUUGCGAGGAGGAGGAACAGCUGGCCGAGGAAAAAAAACUAGAAUCUGGUUGCUUAGAUUACGAGGACUGUGAGGAUUAUUUAAGAGAGGAAAAAAGGAGGAUAAAGCAAAAGAAAGAAGAGGAAAAACAGAAGAGGAAAGAGAAAUUGGCGAAAGCAAGAGCGGAGAACAGUUAAAAAUUGACCUGCACCAGAAUUACAUUAAUUUUGAUUAGACCCGUUUUUUCUUGUUAUCUACAAAUACUCUGUAGGAAUAAUCAGAUUUUGUAAAUAUAUUAUAUUGAUUUAAAUUAUCGGGCCGCAUAUGUCACCUCGGCACUAUUAACGAUUCGGACCGUCGCGUGCUUGCCACUUUGUCUAUGCCUGCGGUUUUAGAACUUGUCGCCAUGACGAGAGACGACUGCAAGCAUCCCGAUAAAGCCACGUUUGGUCCGUGGAAAUUAGGAACGGCCCUGGUGUGGGACGUAGCAUACAUCGACACUUUUGCACAGUCCGAUCUUUGGGCGACCCGCAUUCAGGCCGGCACUGCAGCUGAAACUCAGAUACUCAAGCGCCUCAAAUACUCGACCUUAAUGACUGGUCAGUUUACAUGAAAGCAUUCAUGAGGGCACUGUCGGCGCGCCUGGUCGACACCAUAGGGGACUCUAGGGCUGGCACGUACGUUGAGAGAGGUACCUCAACGCAAGGGAGACACCCUUGCAAUACAGAGAGGUAAAACCGCGAGUUUCAUGGGGUCCGGUCCGGUUGGACGGAGCAUUCUACAUAAGCGUGGGUUACAUACGCCGUGUGUAUGAGCAAUAAGUCGAUAAAUGCACCACAGAGUAAGAAUUGUGAGUAAAGAAAUAAGGUAAGAACUUGGCAACUUAUUUUGACAUAUUUAUAAAAACGUCAAUAAAAAUAUAGAGAUAAUGGGGUUCAAAUCGUUUUAACAGAAUUUUAUCAAAACAAAAUAACUUUCAUCCUGAAAAAUGACAAAAACAAUAACCAAAUAAACAUGUUUACCUAAUAAUUACCACAGUGACUUUCAAAAUUUCAUUAAUCAAUACUUGAAGGUAUGUUUGCUAAAUUUCAUAAUAUUUAAAUUUUGCUAGUUUUCAAAAUUGUUUAAAACAAUAAGAUAAAACAUCCAUAAUGGUUGUUCCUGGCCAAGAUUCAUCUGCUACUAUAAAAGACAAUCUAGAAAAAAAACCAGAAGGGGAAAAAAGUGAUACUGAAACUAAUGAAAAAGUAAAGUUGAAGACAGAAACUGAUUUGCCGCCUACUGAGCUUGAACGUUUAAAAACAUUCACCCAGCAAGUUGCAAGAUGUGCAGCCAAAUCAUUCUGUGAGACCUAUGUUCGCCCUCUAGUAAUAAAAAAUCCCAACCCAUUGCCAAGUAAAUCAGAAACCAUAAAUAUUCGAAAUCAAAAUUCUUCAGCGACAAUCAUUAAUCCAGCAGAAGAUCAAACUGAAACAAUACUAAAUCCUAAGCAAGAAAACAAAGAAGAACAAGUUUUAUCAAUACAAAAGCAAAGACGAGAGACAGAAGAAGAAAGUUAUAAAAAAGCAGCAGUAGUCAACCCAAAUAGAACAGAAGACCCAAUAGCAGCCACAGUUAAUCUAUUACAAGAAAAGGAAAUGGUUAUAUUAGAUAAAGAAAAACCUAGUCUAUCAUUUGAUAUUGCAAAUAUUCUGUCAUACCUUCCUUGCAAGUCGUUGUUUGCUUCUAGCGACGAAAAAGACGAGAAUAGCGACGAAGCAUUGAAUCUAGAAUCAAAACCAAGUGAACUAUCAGGGCCUUUUGAAAUUAAUUGUGGCGGCUCUCAGUCCAGGACUUCCCAAGAAACAAAAGAUGACGAAGAAAUUGACAAAGAUACCAUUGAGGAAGCAUCUCCAUUUACAGAAGAAGAUCAGUAGUGUAAAUACAGUAAAAUCAAUACAGGUAAGUGUGGCGGGGUGAUAUUGAUGAGUAUUUAUUGCGAAUUCAUAUUUGCUGCUUGCGUUUAGUGGCAAAUGUUCAUACAUUGUCCAGUUCAUACUGGCAAUAAACACCAAAGGUUUAUUUAGACGUAGACUAUUUUAAGCCGCCUAAAUUACGGUUCCCAAAAACAGGUACCGUAUAAACACUUUCGGUGCCAUUUUUUCACGGCAUGCCAGCGCUGGCACGGUAUAGAACACGCGCCUAUUUUAUGGCGCCAGUGAACUCCGCCCGCGUCUCAUGCUACUCUCGCACCUAUUGGCUUGUACUGGUACUGAAAAGGCACCGUGUAAACGACUAGUGUCGGUUUGCUGGUCACUGGAGGCGAGUUUUAGCGGCAGAAAAUAGUCAUUGUCUAAACGGUCUGAAGGUGUGCUGUCGGUAGACACUGGCGUCGUAAUUUAGGCGUCUCAAAAUAGUCUCCAUCUAAAUCAACCUUAAUGAAUAUAAACCGCAUAUAUAUCCCGGAGCCACACUUAACUGUAUUGACUUUAUUAUCUUAAUUAUAAUUACGAGAAGAUCAUUUAAACUAUACAUUUGAACAAAAUUCAAAUAAACCUUUAUACACACA